AUGAAUAAAAAUAAUGAACUUGAAUUUGAAUUAUUACGUUUACGUGAACGUUAUAAUGAAUUAAUUGAACAUACAAAUACACUUAAAUAUGAAUUAAAUAAUGUACAAAAACAAUUACAUGAAAAAGAAAAAGUAAAUAUUAACAUUGAACCAAAUUUAAAUGUUGAUUUGGAAAAAGAACGACGACGUGCAGAUGAAUUUGAAAAUGAUUAUAAAUCUUUAAAAAUAAAAUUUGAUGAUGUAUGUGAACGUAUUCGUAUAGCUACACAUCAAUUAGAACAUGUACAAAUUGUACUUGAAGAAACAUCACGUCGUUGUGAACAAUUAGAAAAAGAAAAGUCCGAAAUUAAUGCUCAAUCUGAAUAUCUUUCACAAAAUGUUCUUAAUGUAACAUCAAAAUAUAAAGAUAAAUUAAAUAUAAUUAAAGUUCGUUUAGAACAAGCAGAACGUGAAAGACGUGAAGUACAACUUCGUAAUGAAAAAUUUCAAAAUGAUACAUAA